GUCAGAACGUUGCAGAGAAAAAGAACGGCUUGCUUUUAAAUCCUUCGAUCGCUAAUCCUCCACUGCUACGGGCGGCGCGCGGGCGUUUUAUCCCGCGGCGGGACUUUUUUGCCUGGGGUCUGCUCCUCCGGUCUGCUCCUCGGAUCUGCUCCUCGGGUCUGCUCCGCAGCCCCGCCCCGUCCACAGCCCGCCCCACCGGGUGCUCCGCCCCAGAGUCUUCGAGAAGUUGGCUUCCGCCCCGCGAGUCACCCUUCGAUGUCCUAGCCAUGGCCGCAAGCCUCAUCCGUGCUUUCCAGCGCCUGUGGGGCCGCCCGUGCGCGCUGCGUCCGCUCGGGUUUGCGAGGUAUUCUCAUUCCGGAGGAGAGGAACGUCUAGAAACUUCUUCUGCUAAAAAAUUAACCGAUAUAGGAAUUAGAAGAAUCUUCUCUACGGAGCAUGACAUUUUCCGGGAAAGUGUAAGGAAGUUUUUUCAAGAAGAAGUGAUUCCUCAUCACACAGAAUGGGAGAAAGCUGGAGAAGUGAGUAGAGAGCUUUGGGAAAAAGCUGGAAAACAAGGACUGCUUGGUGUCAAUAUUGCAGAGCAUCAUGGUGGCAUUGGUGGGGACUUGUACUCAGCAGCUGUUGUUUGGGAGGAGCAAGGAUAUUCAAAUUGUACAGGCCCAGGUUUUAGUCUUCAUUCGGAUAUUGUCAUGCCCUAUAUUGCAAACUAUGGCUCAGAAGAACAGAUUAAGCAUUUCAUCCCCCAGAUGACUUCAGGGAAGUGUAUCGGUGCCAUAGCGAUGACAGAGCCUGGGGCUGGAAGGUAAAUGAACAUUCGAUUGGUUUUGAAAUGUUAG